CUCUCUAUUAAAGCCCUCAACCAGUGAGCGAGUCUGAGUCUGAGUCUGAGUUAAAAGUCCGAGUUCAAGCGUGUGUGUGACUCGUAAUAAUGGACGUCUACGGCCUAUCUUCACCAGACUUGCUUCCUAUCGACGACCUUCUCGACUUCUCCAACGGCGAAAUCUUCUCCUCUUCCUCCACCAUCGUUUCCUCCGCUACUUCUUCCGCCUCAUCUUCUUCGGAAAACCCUUUUAACUUCCCCUCACCCGCCUCAACUUCUUUCCACACUUCUCCUCCUCCCCUCACCGAUUUCGCCCAUGAUCUCUGUGUUCCCAGUGACGACGCAGCUCAUCUCGAAUGGUUAUCACGAUUCGUGGACGACUCUUUCUCCGAUUACCCAGCGAAUCCAUUAACCAUGACCGUCAAGCCUGAGAUGUCAUUCACGGGAAAACCAAGAAGCCGUCGAUCAAGAGCCACAGCACCUUCCACAUGGGUACCGACGCCAGAAGCAGAGCUUUGUCACUCCGUCGCAAAACGUAAGACCACCAAGAAACUCGAAGCGGCGGAGAGAGGCGGAGCGAGAAGGUGCACGCACUGCGCGUCGGAGAAAACGCCUCAGUGGAGGACGGGACCGCUCGGGCCUAAAACGCUUUGCAACGCCUGUGGAGUUCGUUUCAAAUCAGGGAGGCUUGUGCCGGAGUACAGACCUGCGUCGAGUCCGACGUUUGUGUUGACUCAGCAUUCUAACUCUCACCGGAAAGUUAUGGAACUCAGGCGACAGAAGGAACAACUUGAAUCGGCUGUCCAUCUUCUGCCGUUUCAGCCGCAAUGAUUAGCGUUUGCGUUGCGUUUGGGGUUUUCUUUUGAGGGUUUUUGGAUUUAACGGGUUUGGUGAGGAGUCGUAAUCGUAACGGCGAUGAUCACGUGACCGAGGGAGAGCUAAGUAUCAAUGGUAUUUAGUUAAUUCAAACUCUGUUAAUCGCGUCAUUAAUUUGUUAGUAGUAUUCAUUUGAAUAUUUUCCCUUUUUAAUCGGAUUUUAGUUUCUUCUUAAGUUAUAUCACUAAUAAAUGAUUUAUUGGCUGCAUUAAA